UAAAAACUUGAAAUGGGAAGUCCGUUGAGUUUAUAUCUUGUAAAUAUUGUAUAUCUUUCAAAAUACUGAACAUUUGUUAUCAAUUGCGAUUUAUGAUCACAUAAAUUAAAAAAAUAAGUUGAUGUGCCACAAUGGUGGAAAAUCCUAUAACAUCGACGCCGGCUCCUAUAGCAAGACUGAGUAUUGGCGGGAGUAACUCUAUACGCAGGCGAAGUCUUAUUCCACAAACUCGAGUGGCUGUAGUUCGGGAUGAGGAACGUAAUGAUGAUGAUGCGGAGAGAUCAUCUUUGGUGGCUUCGGAGAGAGCUGUGGCUACGUCCACUCCUCAUGGAUCACCGAGAAGAGGGAGGGACACUAUGAGUUCAUCACCAUUAAAGGAACACUUUCAAGGAUGCCUUAAACUGUAUGCUGAAAAUAAAAUAAACAAGGACAAUGCAUGGAAUUUACAACUAAUAGACUUCAUGACAUCAAUGUUGCGUCGCCACGAUGCCAGAAUGGACAACUUGCAGACAGCCUCAACUGUUGUGGAUGCUUCGGCAAGGAUUUAUUCCUUUCGUGUGGAUGCUGUUCACUAUGAUGUUUUAAAAAUGGCUGGUGGCUUAGUUAAAGCUGUUCAGAGCAAAAGGGGUAAAAAAGAUGAAGAAGAAGCUACAAAUGAGGAAGGAACUGAAGAUGGAAAUGCUGCUGCACCUAAGAAAAAGAAAAAGAGAUCUAAGGGUGCCAUUGCAUCAAACCCUGAAGUGUUUAAUGGGGAAUUUGAUGCUAAUGAUUAUGUUGACCCGUUUUUCGAAAGGCUAGCAGCAACAGCGGGGGAUGUUACAUCAUCAAACAGAGCCUUCAAUGCAACAUUACCGAUACAUGACAAAACACUUGCUUUGAUAUUGAGAACUGACAAACAAUUUUUAGAAUCUAUUAAGGAGAACAUACCAGAAGAUAUUGACUUAACAGAAAAGAUAAAACUGCCCACUAAGCUUAUAGUUCCCUUCACUGAACGGGAUCACAUUUGUGAACCGUUUGCUGGCUUUUCUAUAAGCAAUUGGGACCCAGAAACUGAAGAAUCAGAUACACGUGUAAAUAACUGGGUGGAGGAGAACCAACUUAAUUUGUCACAGCAAGCUGUGGCUUUUGAUGUCAAUGCUGAAGUGGAGCCUAUACCGCAGGAUGAAGUGCAAAAUGAUUUGCUCGAGGACGAGCCACUCGGCGGUAUCGAGAGCGAGGAGGAAGCGGACGUGGCGGUGGCGGCGUGCGUGGCGCGGCUGGGCGGCGCGGCGCCGGCGCGGCUGGCGGACAUGCGGCCGAGCGCGCCGCACCACGCGCGCCUCGAGUACUCGUACUGCGGCGCCGUGCUCGCCGCCUGGGCGGGCCCGGCGCACUGGCGGCUCAAGAACAACCGAGCUUCGAAAAUGACAGAAAGGACCCAAUCAACCGCUGGUCGGUUGACAGUAGAGGGCAAAAAGCCAGCGCGUACGAAACGUCAAUUAGACUUCUUAGGCGCGGGUUUGGCGUUCGACUCCCGUGCAGAACCCACCGGGGAGUAUGAACCGACCCAACCUGCGAAAAUAAUGAUUAGUAGGAAAACUUUAGCUACUGGGCACACGUGGAACGAGGCUAAUUUCAAAACACCUAUUGAUAGCUGGCCCGACUCUAUGCACACGCGCAGCGUGUGCUCCCGCACCAGUGACAAAAGCGGUACGGCAAGAUUGCCGCCGGAAGGAGACGAAUGGGGCAACGAGGAUGGUGCCACAGUGUCGAACCCGCACGCUCUGGUUCCAGGCGCCGAGCCCGACGGCGAGCUGGGAGACAUGCUGGAGCCACCCACUAAGGUCGCCAAAAUAUUCAUUCCCUACGCGAUGCGAGCCAAGAAGGUCGACAUGAAACAACUUAAACACUGCACUUGGAAAAUGUUAACGGAAAAAACUCCAGAGGGCGACAAAGAAGAUGUAUCCGAAACAACAUUCUUUUCCAUAUAUUCUCGGUUGCCGAAUAAAUUAUCGACCAACAUGCGCGAGUCGCUCAGUGUGCCUUUAGCUUUAUUAUCUGUGCUCCAUUUAGCGAAUGAAAAAGGUCUUAUCCUAGAAAAGAGUGAAGAUCUCCAGGACUUUAACAUUUUGGGACUUAUUAAGUGAAUGUAGGUACGUUAUUUUAUUGAAAUAUUUAUUUUCACUGUUUUCUUCUUAAUCCAGAAUAAUAUUCAAAACAGAAGAGUUUUUAUUCUUAUUACUAAUAGUGUAAUUUAGAAAUUACAAUUUGUAUGUUUUAAUACAUAAGCUAAAAUUGUAUGUAAAAUUUGCAUCUAACUGUUUUGCUGAAACUUUAACUCACCUUAUACCUACGUGUCGAAAUUGCAAGUUUGUACGGUAGCCAUAGUUUUUGCACCGUGUAAAUCAGUAUACAAAAUGCAAUGUAAUAUUGCGGUUGUCACAAUUCAUUAAUAGUCGAAUAUGGGAAUGAUUAAAGCGCCAUUAAAACGCGUGCGGCAACCCCUAAAAGUGUCCCGAGCUGCUAACAACAUGGCGUAUGUAGCUCGGGUUCGUUCUUUCUGCAUCGCCCCUUGCCCGCCGCACAAUUGACCUGUCUGAACGUCUUCGUUAAACGAUUGUAUAGAUUGUAGGAUUGGGUUUUUAGCAAUCUGUUAUUAUUUAAUUUAGAUGCAUAUCAUUUAUGUCGCAUUCUUCUAAUUAUCUUUAUAUUGAAUAGCCGUACGAUAUUAAGCGCCGGUUUCACAGCUUCAUGAUAUAUCUGUUUAGCUUAUCUGUUAGUUUUAAAAUGACAAAUAUGGUAUUAACAUAUUCGAGAUAAUAUCGUAUCAGCGACUUUAUCUGCAAGCGGUGAACCCGGCCCUUAAAUAGUAAUAAUUUUUAUAACUUUUGGCAUUAACUAAUUCUAAGAUAUUUUUCGUUCCAAAUGGAGCAAUUCUGUAUAUAUAUACGUGUCUGUCCUUAUUGUAAAAGUUAAUGCAUUCAUGUGUACAGGUAUUAUAAUAUUUUAAUUUUAAGUGU